AUCAGUGAAUGUAGUUUAUUUCAAAAGGUCUUUAGCGAGAAAGAAGAAUAACUUCAAGCGAAAAUUUUCUAUGUUUGCAUCUUUUUAGAAUCAAAAGAUGCAAAAUAUGGUGAAAAACUUAAUAACUUUCGCAUCUUUAUAUCUGCAAUCUGGCAGUCAAUUUUAGAAAAUUUGAAAUAUUUGUAAAGAUCAGUGAAUCAUGCAACCGGAACUAACAGAACAAAUACUUAAUUAUAUAGAACAGAAUGAUUUAGCUGAUACACUAGAUUUAGCUACUAACUUCAAUGAAGAUCACCAAAAAAUUAUCGGCGCUGUAAAAUCAAUUCAGGCUCAUGGAGAAUUGUUAAAUACUGAGACAUCGUCACGUAAAUGGUGGCCAGUAACAGAUGAAGGCCAAUACGUUAUAGAAAAUGGAUCUCAUGAAGCUUCCAUUUUUAAUGCUAUACCAUCUGAUGGGAUUUCGCAAGCAGAUUUAAUGAAAACAUCUCCAAAUGCUAAGGUUGGUUUUAGUAAAGCAAUGUCACAAGGCUGGAUAGUAAUUGAUAAAUCAGCUGGAAAGCCAAUAGUUCGUCGUAAAGUUGAUUCUAUCGAUGAUAUUGUGCAGCAACACCUUAUUGAACUUAAAUGUGGAAAAGGUGAAAACAUUCCAGACAACAUCAAAAAUGAUUACAAGAAAAGAAAAUUAAUGGUUGAAAAUGUUACGAGAAGUUACGUCAUUUCAAAAGGAGCAAAAUUCAGUACGACAUUGACGAAACUUGAAACGGAUUUAACCAGCGAUAUGUUGUUGUCAGGAGCUUGGAAAAAUCUUAAAUUCAAAGAUUAUAACUUCGAUGCUAUGGGAGCUCAACCAGCUUCAGGUCAUUUACAUCCUUUGCUCAAAGUUCGUUCAGAAGUUGCUGAUAUCUUUGUGCAAAUGGGCUUCCAGGAGAUGCCUACGAAUAACUACGUUGAAUCAUCUUUCUGGAAUUUUGAUGCUUUAUUUCAACCACAACAACAUCCAGCUCGUGAUGCUCAAGACACUUUCUUUAUUACAAACCCUCAAUUAAGCACGAAGUUUCCAACAGAAUAUCUUCAACGAGUGAAGAAAUCACAUGAAGAAGGUGGAAAUGGUUCGAUUGGUUAUCGAUACGAUUGGAGUCUUAAUGAUGCUCAAAAGAAUGUUUUAAGAACUCACACAACUGCUGUUAGCGCUAGAAUGCUUUACAAGUUAGCAAAUCAAGAAGGUGGGUUCAAACCAACAAAAUAUUUUUCAAUCGAUAAAGUUUUUCGGAACGAAACACUCGAUGCAACUCAUCUUGCUGAGUUCCAUCAAGUCGAAGGCGUGAUUGCUGGUGUUGAUAUAACAUUAGGCGAUCUUAUGGGAAUUAUUGGAGGAUUCUUUGCGAAAAUGGGAUUAACAGAUAUUGAAUUUAAGCCAGCUUACAAUCCUUAUACCGAACCUUCAAUGGAGAUUUUCGCUUUCCAUAAAGUAGAAGUUGAUCAAGUAAUUUCAAUUACUGGAUGUUGCAUAUACACAUGA